AUGCCCGCCAAUGACGACAAACACGCAGAGGAGGAAGCCACUGGCUCUACUAACGCUACCGCGGAAGAACUGAACGAUAAGAACCCUAGAGACUCUAUCAUUUCUACCAAGUCCAUGAAUUCUGUUGAUCCUGGGAAUGUAAAUAACGAAGCUGUCACCAAAGUGGACAAACCUGAUGAUGAGGAAACUAGCUCUGAAGAUGGAUUUGCAGAUGCUCCAGAGUCUACAGUACCGGGCCUCUUGACACGCAGACUCACUCAAUCUUCCCUCCAUUCCACGACCUCCUCUAAGGAUGAUCCACCAGUAUCGCCGACAGUAUCAAAUCCUCCAACCAACAAUCGAAACAGCCAGCAGUCCGUCACCCCUGCCACAACUAUCAACGACUCAGUUAAUGAUGCCGGUAUGCCAAAAUCACCCACUAGUCAACGGCGUAUAUCAACUUCCUCUCUCGAUGAGGUAUCUCUCAUUGAUGAGCUCCCCCCACCAAAAGAGGCAGUGCCUGCUGUACCCGAACCAUCCCCAGUUGCAUCUACAUCUCCCACAUCGAUAGUCGAAUCAAUCGCAGAAUCAAUCACAAACAGGUUUUCAAGGUCAUCAACUGCCAGCUCCCAGAAUUCAACUACCACUUCCAAGGCAAUUGCCCCAGUACUUCCUCCCAGGAAGCUUUCAGCCCCAACUCAGCCACCGCUUCCUCCCACACCCCCAGCAGCAGCAACCCCACAACCACCGCCUCCUCCGCCUCCUGUCAGGAGGUCUCCAUUCAGUUGGCUUCGCUCUAGCCCUAGCACUCCUACUACAGCUACUGCUGUCUCGGGCUCAGCACAAUCCAAUUCUAGAAGAGCUACUGCUUCAUCAAUUGCCACUUUGGCUUCUGUUGCCUCUAAUGCACCUACAAUGCAAGGCAAUAAUGAGUCAUGGCUACAUGCCCUGGAAUCUGAAAGAGAGGAAAAGGAGAAGGAGGCAGCCAGAGGGACCCAGAACCUAAGAGAAAACUUUAAGAAGAUACGAGAAGCUCGUGAGGGCAUGCCUGUGCCUGUCGAUGAGGAUAAAGAUACCACGGGCAAAGGUUCGAUGUUUUCUGCAAUCGGAUUUGGUGGUACACCUACAACACCACUUCAAGAAGACACUCCUCCUCCUGGAUCAGCCCCUGCCACUGCUUCUUCAAUAAAAGAGGACGAGAUUGAUUGGGAUCUCUGGCAAGCUAUCGUUGACGAUGCCGAUAAAGUUGCUUCUGAAAAACCCGCUGAGCUCAGUCAAGCGGUACAAGCUGGAAUUCCGCCGACUCUCAGAGGAACAAUAUGGCAAAGCAUGGCUUCCAGCAAAUCUCUAGAGCUAGAAGCCAUGUAUCGUGAUGUCGUUGCCCUGCCAGGGACUGCAACAUCAGAAGAUGCACGACCAAUUUUUGGGAGCCAUUGGCUUUGGGACCCCUCACCCACAUCAAGUCAGUCAUCGUCACCAAAGCUGGGCUCUCUUACGAGCCCCAAGCUAGAUCCCAGAGUGAAAAGCACAUGGGGGAAGACGGUGGCUCAAUUGGAGAAGGUUAUUAAAAGAGAUCUGGGUGAAAGAACGAGCUUCGGAAAGUACAAGGUUGAUCAGAAGGCACUUAUGGGAGUCUGCAAGGCCUAUGCACUUUUCGAUCCUGAAGUAGGAUAUACACAAGGCAUGACUUUUAUCGCCACUGUUCUUCUGUUGAAUAUGACUGAAGAGGAAGCAUUUUGCAUUUUUGUCAAGCUUAUGAAUAAGUACAAACUACGCACGAUGUUCCAAGAUAAAAUGAAGGGCCUUGAACUUCGACUUUUCCAGUAUGACAGAAUCUUGGAGGAUUAUGAACCUAAGCUCGCUAUCCACCUUAAACGCCAAGGGAUUGAAUCAUCUCUUUAUGCUGCACAAUGGUUUCUCACACUCUUCACCUACAAAUUCCCACUGCAGUUGGUUUUGAGGGUUUUUGAUCUCCUUUUCAGCGAAGGGCUAGAGGGACCAAUCCUAAAAUUUGGGAUUGUGAUGAUGGGAAAGAAUGCUAGCACUCUACUUGGUAUGGAGUUUGAUAAUCUGGGACCAUUUUUGAAGGAGCGGCUUUUUGAUGUUUACUUGGAUGUCACACCGAGCGCAUCGAGUGUCAAAGAAGCCGGGUUCUUUGGGAAUGGUGGCGAAAAGGAGGUAUACAGAGCCAACCUUAUGGUACAGGACGCAUGUGCUAUCAAAAUAUCCCAGGAAACUCUUGAUCGUUAUGAACGGGAGUGGGAAGAGAUAGUUCGAGUGAAGAGAGAGGCCGAGCAAGAACUGGAAACAUUAAAACGAGCCAACCUAAACUCCACGCUAAAGGUUAAAAAACUCGAAGAGCAGAAUGAAGAGCUCAACCGGGAGUACGUCAGAAUAGCCAGCAGUGAGGUAGAACUCAAAGUAUUGAAUGACCAGCUCGCGGACGAAAACGAAGAACUCAAAGCGAAGGUUGAAAUGUUGAAAGAGUCACUUGAUAGGCAGCCUCAAGAGAUUGAGGAUCGAUUCCGGGAGGAGAUGCGUAUUCUCAUGGAAAAGAAUUUGGCCGUACACACAGAAAACCAAACUCUGGAGGAGAAUAUGAUGGAAAUGGAGAAAGAACUGGUCAGCACUAAGAUGCAACUGGCGACGAUCAACGAGGAUUACGACCUAUUGAAGAAUAGGUGGAACGAUCUUAAGAAGGCUCUUGGAGACUAA